AUGAUGCUUGACUCUGUUGCUCAAUCUAUUAUUGGUAGUGCUGCAACUGAACUUUGGGAUGGUUCCUAUGAUAAGAUUGAAGAUCCAACUAUCCUACCUCAGCCUAUUGAAAGUUUAGUUGGAAAAUCCUUUUGUUUUGGUAUUUCGCUAAGCACUGACAAUGUAAACAAUGGAAACACCACUUUUAAAGUGUCUGAGGUCUGGUCUGGAGAUAAAAUUCAGAGAAUUGAAUCUCAGACAGAGACAUGCUCCUUGCUGGACACUUAUUCGUCAACUCUUUCUGGUGGUGAGGUUUCCCUGGUAGAUCCAAACAAAGAAAGUUCAUCUGAAGGUUUUUCAACCCCAUUCUCAAAGCGCAAAGAAGCAGAUGCUGAUCUAUUGGACAUGACAUCUACGUCUAAGAAACCUUGCACUCAGAAGAUCAAGAUGGAGAAUACAAAGAGUGAAGAGUAG